AUGGAUGAUGAAUGCAUUUAAUUAAAAGAUGUCCCAAUAUAUAGACCCAAAAAUUUUGUUAGAUAAAUUACAAUUAAAGAAGAGUCGAAUUAACCUCCCAAAUAGAUAGAAAUUUAAUAAAUUGUUAACACUUAAAAUCUUUUUGAGUCUUUAAUAGAGUAGUUUGUUUCCAUGAUAAAAGAAGAAAGCUUAUCAUCAUAACAUAUCAUCAAUAUAAUCUAUCAAAUACUAUUAAAUGUAGGAUGGAGUAUUUUUGAUAGAAGUACAACUGCAAACUUAUUAGACAAAAGCAAGAUUAUUAAACAUUAAUGUAUAUAUUUUUAUCAAAGGUUGAGAAAGUUUUUCCAAUAAAAUUAAAAUGAAACACUAAAUGGUCUUUUAAUGAAAUUGUAAAAAUUAUAAUGCGAACAAGAAGAUGAACAAUUUAAUCAAGAAGUUAAUUUUUAUCGUUCAAAUACUAUGAAAUCUACUUAUCAUCCAAGCGGUGGUGAAAUGAAAAAUAACCUUAAAUCAGAUGCUAAUGAAGAAUAAUAAAAAGAAUUAGAGCUAAGAAAUUAAAAACUUAAAGAAAUGCAACUCAAAUUAGAUUGCAAGGAUAAUGUUAUAAAAGAUAUGACACAAGGAUAUUUAAAAGAUGUUUAACAUAUGAAAGAGUUAUUAUUUAGAAAAAAUGAUUAAUAGUUAAAUAUUUUUGAAGUUCAAUAUUUUGAUUCAAAAGAAGGAUUUUCUGAAGAAUAAACUAAUCUAUUGAAUUAAAAAAUCAAAGGAAUCUAACAAUAAUUUGAACAUAAAUAUUUAGAAUUAACUUCAUCAAUCUAACAUAUUACAAAUGAAAAUAAAUAAUACAUUGCAUAAAUUGAUAAGUUCAAAGACAAACUCAAAAUUCAUGAAACUAGUGUUGGUUUGCUAUCUAGAGUAAUUUAAAUGGAUAAUAAUGAUCCUUACAUUACUUGGAAGAAUAUUUAAGAUCUUAAAGGAAAUUAGUAUUUCUUUUAAGUAUUUGAGAACUAAAAGCAUACUUAUGGUAUAAAUUAUCGAGAAAUUGAUAAGUUAAUUAUUUAAAGUAAGUCAUAACAAAGAGAACUCUAACAUCAUAGAUAGUAAUUAGAAGAAUAAUUAUCAUAAUUUGUUGAUAGAUAAAUUAAUUAUAUUAAAGAUUUGUAAGAAGAAAUUGAUGACAAAAAUGAAUUUAUUGAAAAACUUAAAAACCAUUAGAAGGAAGUUGUUUAAGAAUGUCUAAAAUAGAGUAAAGAACAGAUGGAAAUUGCAUUAUAGCAUAGAAAAAAUGAAAGUAAAUUAUUUCUUAUAAUAGUGUUAUAGCAAUUAUUUGGAUAAUUUAAUGAACUGAAUGAAGUUUAAGCAAAUUUCGAUCAAUAUAAGGUUAAAGUUAUGUUUAAUAAAUGGGUGCUCAUUAAUAGAAUGUUAAGAUGUGUUAAAACAAUAAGAGACUAAUUCAUAUUAAGAUAAGAGAUUAAGGAAAUUAUUAUUGGAAAAAAAGAAUUCGAAGAAAAAUUGAUUGAAUAUAAAAAUAAAAAAAAAAAGAAAAGGGAUAUCAUUAAGAAUUAAUAUGAAGAAUUAAGAUAAACAUAUGAAAAUGAAAAGUAUAAUCAAAUUUAUUGGGAAUACAAAUAUUUAACAUAAUAAAAGGUUGAAUAAAUUUUAAAUCAAGAAAUCUCUUUAUUACAACAACAGUUUUCCUAAUCAAAAGAAAAUGUGAAAUAGUUGUAAUUAAAAUAUUAAGUAGUCUGCUUACAUUAUUAAUAACUCUAUCGUUUAUUCGAUUCAAAGUAAAUUAAUUUUGAAAAAUUAGAUAAAAAUUAAAUUAAAUUGGUAGAAUAUAAAUUAAAAUAAUCAGAUUAGAAUAAAGAGCACCUCUCUUAAUAAAUGGCUCUUUAAUAAUAUUAAUAAUUAGCUAAAUAGGAAGUAUUAUUUUCAAAUAUUUAAAACAGAUCAAAAUUUUGUUAGACAAUUAUCUUGAAUGUUAAUACCCCUAUAUAAAAUACCAGUUUUCAUUAUGAUCUUAUUGAAAAAAUUAUGAAGCUCAAAUUAAAUGUAAAUGAAACUUCAAAUAAACAAACGAAUACAGAUUUAGAAAUUUAAGAUAGAGGAAUUGUAAGUACAAAAGAAGUUGAAAUAUAAUGCAUAAUAGAAUCAAUAUCUACAAUUUAAUAGUAAUCUCGUCCAUUUUUGAAAAGUAAUAUGAUUCAUUAGGAUCAAUUAAGAUCAGUUUAAACUCCCUCUUAAUUAUGUUUAUUGGAAGAGUAUUCUGAAUAAAUUGAUACUUAAUAACGCUAAAAUUAAAAUGAAAUUAAAAUUAUAGAUCAUUAGAAUACGAAUAAUUUUAAUCAAGAGAACAGCUUUCUCAUCUUUUAAAGAAAUUCAUUAAAAUUUACUAAAGAUGAUUUUAAUAAAAAAGAUUAUGAAUCUCAGUUAUUAUAUGAUUAAAAUAGACUUUAAAUAAAAACUCCUUAAACACCAAUUCAAGCUUCUUUAAGAGUUAAAGAUUAGAUUGAAAAAAUAUCUUAUCUAUCUUCAAACAACAAAGAACACUCUGUUGAUCAACAAUAAGACAUAUUUUAAAGAUUGUAUAAGGAUAGCAUGAAUAGAAAAUAGAGAUUAUAAAUUUUAAAAAACAAUAUAGAAACCUUGGAUCAAUUUAAAUGGGAAUAAAUUCUUUAAAUAAUAUAAUCGAGUCCUAUAGAUUAAGGAAGAGGACUGAGUUAGAAAUCUAGUAAAAGACCUUAAAUGUACUAUUCUAAAUAAAAAGGAAUUAAAGAUUUAGAUUAUCGAUUUAGUGAUUAGGAAAAAGACAAUUAAAGAAGAUUAUCCUAUAAACGAACAGGCACUUAAAAUAAUCGAACAUUUUAAAUUUAAAAAACUCACUAAAUUUAAAAAUAGAACACAACAUUUGACUUUUCUCAUAGUAGAGGAAAUAGGUAGAAUUUUUGA